AUGCUGUGCAUCCUGUACAACUUCCGCGCGAAUCUGAAAUAUUGUAAAGAUGCUGUCGUCGCGGGCAAGAAUCUAUCUGCGCCGUCAGAUUCAAGCGACGCUUCCGAUGCACCAGAGGCUCCCGACAGGAACAAAAUCUCCUCUGGGCCGGGGGCGCGGAGUAAGCGGACUUCGCUGCCACUCUUUCCUGAGAAGACCAAAGUCCAGCCUGGUCGUUUGGCGUUUAGGAGCCCUGAUAACGACUGCUCUGGAGAUAGACAGCAGGGGCUUCCGAAACAGGUGGAACAAGCAAAUGAGACGUUAGCCAACCUCCGCCGUAGACGAGUCGAAACUGUUCAUCGCCUGAUGGCUCUCGGAACCGAUCAACAUAUUGAGGGGUUGCCGGACAUCGUCCAGUGGAAACGCCAGGAGAAUACGUUAAGCGAAGGGAAAAGGGACAAAGUGAGCGAGGUGGAGAAUGUGCUUAAAAAGGCGUUGAAUGACAACGUAAGAAGGGCCACACAAGAAGAGGCUCCGAUAGAUGCCAACACAGAGCGCCACCACACCUUUGACUCUUUCGUAGAGAACGCAAAUAGGGUAACAGAGAGAUGGAUGAAGAUCCACAAAGGGCUUACCGAUGCCGAGAAAAUCCGACAGAGGAUACUUCACGCGAAAGCUAUCCGAGACGUGUUCGCACGGGAGUUAUAUCUGGAGGGGUCUAUUCCACGGAAGACCAAAGCCAAGGUUUCAUCCAACGGCGCAAAGCCUUACAAUGGCACGAAGCAAGCUCCGUUCACAUAUGAUGCGAUUAGACCCGGUCAGUUCAGGGUUCUUGUUUUACAUCCUGCCAAGGAUGCAUCCUUUCCUCUUGUCUGUACACUGCAAGUCAAGUCUCUUAAAAAAGAGAGCAAGCUCAACUACGCUGCACUUUCAUAUUGCUGGGGAACAGAUUCAGACCAGCGCCGACUGUUGAUUUUUCCCGGCUCUAAGCGGACGGCCAAGAAGUGGAAAUAUGUCGCACGACACGCUACAGAGAUGUCCAUUCGAAACAACUUGUUCCAGGCAUUGCUGCGGCUACGAAGAAAGCAAGUACCGAUAGCUCUGUGGGUCGACGCAAUUUGUAUCAACCAGGAGGACCAAAAGGAGAAGACAGAGCAACUCCAGCAAAUGGCCACCAUCUAUCGGAUGGCGACCCAUGUGUGCGUGUGGCUGGGUGAGGCGGAUCGCGAAGGGAGAAGCGAUCGCGCGAUGAAUUUUAUCAAAAAGAUUAUGGAUUUCGCGUUUCUCGAGAGGCUAGCGAAUGACAAGGCACAGGCUGAGAACUGGUAUGCUCUGGCGGAGCUUAUGAGAGACCGCUGGUUCUCUCGUCGCUGGGUUGUCCAAGAGAUCUCACUGGCGAAAUCGGCAGCAGUUUAUUGUGGUGCAAAGACCGUACAAUGGGCAGAAUUCGCCGACGCGGUUUCGAUUUUCGUAGCGACUCGGGAUAAGAUUAGGGAGCUGUUCGAUUUUGAAACCUGGAAGGAGGGUCCGCAGACUCUGGGAGAGGUCCAGUCGUUUGGAGCGAGCAUUCUGCUUGAAGCAACGAGUAGACUGUUCUUAAGAACGCCGAGUGGUGAAAUCUUGCGACCUCUCAAGGGAAUUGAGUCUCUGGUGACAUCUCUAAACACCUUCGACGCGACCGAUCCACGCGAUAUCGUGUACAGCCUUGUGUCCAUCGCCAGCGAUACACGAGACAUUUCUGUUUAUGCCGAUGAAAGGCAAGGACAACAAGAAACCAUGUCCCCGCAACUUGUCAUUGACUACAGACUGGAUGAGAUUCAGGUUUACCAAAACUUCAUCAGAUACUGUAUCGAGACUUCAAAAUCGCUGGAUAUUAUUUGCCGCUCGUGGGCAAUGCCACCGAAGAUGGUAAAGGGGUCCUUGCCCUCUUGGAUUCGGCUUCUUCGUGAUUCCGAGUUCGGCGAGCCAGAAGAAGUCUAUGAGGGGCGAAAGAAUGGAGAGUCUCUUGUAGGGGCUGUCGGCCAAUCACGCUAUAACGCCUCUGGUGGUACACCGUUCAGGCCAGUAACACCCAGCACCGAUGAUCACAACUGUUAUCAACACGAUAGCUCGCUGCCGAAUGGGCAACAGGAGGCAACUUUGUCCGAUCAGGAGGUUGUCCAAGAAAGGCCGUCAAGUUUGUGGGUCAAAGGUUUCAAGCUGGCUAGAAUUGAAGAUGUAUCAUUGGUGAAUGCACCAGGCUUGAUUCCACGAACAUCUUUACGCGACAUAGGUGGCUGGCCAGGGAUUAGCAAGAGUCCUGAUAGUGUACCAGAUCACAUAUGGCGGACGCUGAUAGCAGAUAGAGACGCCGAGGGCCAGACCCCACCGGCUUGGUAUCAAAGAGCGUGUCUACGAUGUUUAGAAAUCGCUGAUACCUUUAACAACGGAGACCUCAAUAUCGGUCAGCUUCUGCAAGGCCCAUCGGAUAUGCUUCGCGGCUACCUCACCCGAGUCCGCAAUAUUACUUGGAACAGAAAGUUCUUCAGGGCUGUUAUGAGGACUGCCCAUGGGGAUGCCACUCACGGAGAACAAAACUCGGAAAAGACAGACAAGGUGCCAAAGCCAUGUGACAUGGAUAAUGUAGAGUUCGCAUCUGAAGAGGAAACUACAGAGAGCCUAGAUGGGGAGGAACGAGAUUCCUGGGCUGAAGAUGGUCUUUUUGGUCUCUGUCCACCAGGCACCAAACGAGGGGAUUUCAUCUGUAUCUUGUAUGGUUGCAGCGUACCGCUGGUCUUAAGACAGUCCACCAGAAAACCGACACGGGACAGUUUUAAGGUAAUCGGUGAAGCUUAUGUGCAUGGUAAAAUGGACGGCGAGGGACUAGUGGACUUAGAGAGUGGAAAGUCACUGGGUCUAGAGGCGGUCUUUGCUCUGAUAUAG